AUGGGAAGCGUUGCCUUUGGCGUCAUCCUUGCUUUGCUGGCUUCGCUGAUUAUGCUAGUCAAUUGUGUGGCGGUUAUUGCGCUGGUGCGGCUGGUCUGGAAGAACCAUUGCCCUGGCCUGUGCUUUGUUUUAAGCCUGGCUAUCUCCGACUACUUGGUGGGCUUCACCAUCACGGGCCUGGUGAACGAAGAACUCUCUGGUCCUGAAUACCAGACCCCUCGGCGGUACUGUGUCUUGAAGAUGGCUUCCAUCACCUGCCCCUCUGCUGCCUCCAUCUUCACGGUGAUUUUGGUCACCUUUGACCGGUACCUGGCUAUUACGCAUCCUUUCCGCUACUUCAGAAUCAUGUGUGGCCCGGUGGUCGUGAUUUGCCUUGGGAGUCCUUGGCUGCUGGCUUGUCUGAUCAGUUUCCUCCCUGUGAUGGUCCACAGCUUCCAAGAGAAGAACUACCAAGGUCUGUGCACCUUCUUCGGCGUGUUUCAGCCGACGUACACCCUGGUGGUCUUCUGCGUCAGCUUCUUCCCCGUUUUCUUCGUCUUCCUCUAUUUCCACUGCCGAUUGCUCCAGAUUGCUUCGCUGCACAUCCAGCACAUCCGAGAACUGGCACCCGUGGGCCUGCCAGCUGCCUGCCCAACCUCUCAGCCUUCCAAUGAUACCAAAGCAUUGCGGACUGUGGCCAUCCUGGUGGGUUGUUUUGCCUUCUCCUGGUCCCCUUUCUUUGUGGUGAGCAUUGUCCAGAUUGCCUGCCAACGCUGCUACCUCCAUCGCCUGCUGGAACACUACCUCUGGGUGUUGGGCGUGUGCAACUCUCUAGCAAAUCCCCUCAUCUAUGGAUAUUGGCAGAAGGAAGUGCGCCUGGAGAUCUAUCAGAUGUGUCUGGGCCUGAAGAACAAAAUCUUUCCUCUUUUUCACUUUGACAGUCAGUCUGAUGCUGCUCCCGCCCAGCCUGGGGAACCAGUCUGUAUCAUCUCACUAGCUUAGCUGAAGGACUGGUGUAGAUUUUAA